UCCGAGAUAUCGAGGAAGUUAUACGUUUAUAAGAAUCUAUGGUCAGAAUGUUUAAAUAUGUUCGAGAUAUCGAGAGAGUUUAGGAGAAUUGGUGAGAUUUGUUACACGUAUUUUGAUCUACUUGGUUAUUGUGUUGUACUGAACAUCAAGCAAACAAAAUGCCAACGAAGAAGAAAAAGUAUAACGCACGGUUUCCUGCGGGUCGUAUUAAGAAGAUCAUGCAGACAGAUGAAGAAGUGGGAAAAGUGGCGCAAGCCGUACCUGUCAUAAUCUCCAGAACAUUGGAGCUCUUUGUAGAAUCUCUGCUCAAAAAGGCAAUGGAAAUUACGAGUGCUAAAAAUGCAAAGACUUUGAGUCCAUCUCACAUGAAACAGUGUAUUCUGUCAGAAAGUCGUUUUGAUUUUCUGAAAGAUCUAGUAAAAAAUUUACCUGAUGUUGCCAGCUGUGAUGGUGAAGAGGGAAAUUCACCAUUUCUUCCAAGCCCACCCUGUGGAAACACUGCAGGUUACAUUGAUUUAAGUGUGGGCACCCGAAGACUACCUGAAACAGAUGUAAAGAAAGAGAUGGGACAGGAGUCUGUAACACCAACACCAAUUAUGUCUCAUCCGUUGCCUGUUCAGACUGUCCCAACUGUUGUAACGAAUCAGCUGCAUGCUAAUUUCUACAAAGAAACUGAUGACUCUAGUCCAAGUUAUGGUCAGGUUCCAGUCACAUCUGAAGGUACAAUUGGAAGGGGUUCUAUCUUCCAUGUUACGCCAGCUGACUCACCUCAACCAGCUGCUGUUGUCAUGCCAGCAGUAGAACCAAUCAAGCCUGAAAGAGUUGAAUCAAACUUGCUGUGUAGCACUGCAACAGGUAUCACUUCUGUGAUUGAUACUGUCAGCAGUAGUGAGACUGCUAUUGGUGCUUUCAAUGCCCAGACACCUCUUGUUAUACCACAGUAUGUUAAAACUGAGGUCAGCAUUGCAUUAGAUGAUGACUGUGAUACAACUUAAUAGUUGUGGUGGUGAGUUAAAGAUAACAAAUUACUGAAGAGACCAACUUCUAAUUUUGCAGUAUGUAUGUUCUGUGGCAAAUGUGGUUUUAAACCAUAAAUUGCUACAUUACAGUAGGAAUACAAUCAGGCACUUUGUGUAUGUGGAACGUCAUUGAAAGCGUACACACUAUUGUGGAAGGUACUGAUCAGUGUAGGAAGAACUGUUCGGUAUUUGCAUAGGUCACCUGUACAAAAAGGGUGAUCAGUAGGUUCUUCUUUCAGAUGGUGUGUUGCGGGAACAGUGCAUAAUGACAGUGAAACAUUUACUUUUAUGUUUUUUGUAUGUAAUUACUUGCAGCUUUUUGAAGUUUUCAAAAAAAAACUUGUAAUAAAAAGGCAAAAGUUUCAGCUCUAUUACUGAAAUCUUUGGCACUGCUCAUUUAAUUUUAAUUGUGUGUGUUUGAUAAUUUUGUUGUUAAUAUUUGUCUUAAAAAUUUUCUGCCUUUUGUAUGGCUUUAUUUGUAAUAUUUUUAUGUAUGUGCUCCUUGUGAAAAAUGUGGAAUAAACUUAAAACAUGUUCUGUUCGUAUUUCUGUUUUGUAAAGUUCACCGGAAUGGCUUUUCGUAUUGUUUCUUAUAUUGCAUAGUAUUUGUUUGUAGUACAGUUCAAAUUACCAAAAAAAUACAUGGAAAUAUUGCAAAAGCAUAUUUCACAUGUGUGUUUCAUUUAGGCUUCAUCUGUAAGGAUUUACAUAUGAAUAUGUAUGUAGAGCAAUCUUUGCACAUUACUACAAUGCAAUAUUCUGUAAGCUGCAUAAACUAUUAAAAUUUAUACUGUCUUUUGUAUUCAUAUUUGAAUUUGCUUUGACAUUAUCUGCCAUUAAUGGCAGUGAUGGUCCUUUUUAAUAUAAGGCUGCUGUUAAUGAAAUAUUGAGAAAGUCCCAUGAUUGUAUUUCUUUUAGCUAGUAUUGAAGACAAAUAAGCAACAAAUGUUGUGCAUUCUGCACUACCAUUUUGCUUUAUAAGAGUGUGCCCAUUUCAGUUCAGAACCGAAAUAGGUCAAACCAAGUAAUUAUCUGUAACUUGCAGAGACUGUAGAAAGCAGAACGUGUUGUUGAAAUAGUACAUUGCAGAAUACUCAUGUAGACUUGUAAUGUUUUGAAUAUCCUUUGUGUCAAAUACUUUCAGUCAUAAACAUUAACAGUACACAAAAAUACUUUGGCUGUGUUUACCACCUUUGUUGUAUAAUUUGGAACUGUAUAGUCCUUAAUGUCUUUUCACGUUUUAGUAAAACAAUUGAGAAAAUUCUAGUGUAUAAUGAUUAGAAAUUUUUAUUUAUUUUUAAAAUAUAAGAAUAAAAAAAACGCCAUUAAAAUUUGUAAUACUGAAUGAGCACUCAUUUAAAAGAAAUUAGUAGUAGUAGUUGAUAUCUAAGUGUCACAAUGCAUCACCAUAUCAAAGUUAAAUGUGCAUAGUAUGUAGUAACAAUAUGUGCAUGAAUAUUUUUGUUAUGGACAGUAUCUGUUCAUGUUCUCCAGUCUUAUCUUAAGUGAGAAUUUUCAAGCUCUGUAAUUUACUGAGUGUACUCUCAUUUUGGGAAAAAAAUCAAUAAAACUUGUCAAUUUUUACCCAGAAACAUUUGCUGACAUUGUGCUCUAAAUCUAAAGUGUGAGAUACAGUACAGGUGUUUCUAAAAAUGUAUUUACAGAAAUAAUUUUAUGAGAGAAGCAACAUCAGUAUGGAAUGUAGCAUUGUUAUCAGAAGCAUACAUUCUUCUGCUUUUUAGUUCAGUUUAGGCCUAAAAGAUUCUCUAGUGAACCAUUGGCUAUUCUGUGUAGGUGUAUCUAGAAUGCAUUGUUUCUGCGUCUAUUUAUUCACAAUGGACGUACGUUGUUCUGUUGUUUUUGUAUUCUCAAAUAUAAAAAUGCUCUAAAACCACACCAUAUUGUAAAGGAGGAGAUGCGGAAAAUGACUACAACAGAGACAAAUCAAAGUAAUUCUUACUAAAUCUCCAAGCAGAAUUUAAAGGAAUAACUAGUGUGAAGCUUUCCCAGAGAUUUGCUUCAUGGUGGAUAAAGUUGAUCAUACUUGAAAUACUAAUAAAUAUAUUUAAGAAAAUCUGUCUAGUUUUGCAUCCACUUCGUAUUUCAAAUAGCUAUUGAAUAUUGAAAUUCGAAAGUCUGCUUCUUACUGCAGUACCAAUUUCUAUAUUAUAGUGAUCUUGUAAUUAUGAGAAAGAUAAUAUGUACAAAAUUUCUUGCAUGUGUGGUAAACUGCAGUGAAAGGACUUGAAAAUGUGAAUCACCUUGCUCAAGAUGGAGAGAAAACAUUAGAAGUAACUGUAAAAUGUAUUAAAAACUGAAAAAUGACUUUUAAAAAUGUAAUAAAAUACAAUAUUUUGUGUGUGAAACUAACAUGGUACUAGUGCAGAUGCAGACAGACAGAGAAACGUACUUGAACUUUUGGAAGUAAGUAUAACAUAAACUAGUUGAAGAAAUGAGUUUGUAGAUAUUGCUACAUAAAAUAUAAAAAUAAAUAAGCAAUGAUAAAAUUCGAGAUUACAGAAGAAAAUGGAACGAACAUCUACAAAGAAUGAAGAGAGAGAGAGUGUGUGUGUUCCCUUAAAGUGCCAUGGGAGAAGAGACAGAGGAAGACCCCAACAGAGAUGGGUACCGUAACAGGCAAUUCCUGCCUAAUACCUGAAGAGAAGAUGAUGAUGAUGAUAAGCUUCAUUAUAACAAUAAUGCUCAAUGAAUUCAAAAGAAUAUUAUCGGUGAACACAUGGAGUAAGGAGUGCAUCUGUCAAAAUUUUCAGAAUGUUAAUAUUUUUGUAAUAAUUCCACAAGGGUCAUCAUACACUUUUGAAAAAUUGGUGUUGUGUCCAGUGUUACACUUUCAAGAAAAGACUCAAUAGCAGUACCCGGUUCAAAAUUAAAUCAAUGUGUGAUUGUCAAACGUAGUGGAAGAGCUUCCAAUUUUGCUCUCUACAUUGUUUUCAAUUUCAGCUAACCACGAAAUUAGGAACAGGUAUAGUUAUUAAGGGUCGGCCUUUAUUGUAUGCCUACUCUGUACAAUAGAAUUAAAUACUAAAUAAAGGGCUAAACUACUGUACUAAAUGUACCCGUAGAUAAGAAAACAGUAUUGAUUGCAAUUACUGUUCUGCUAACUUACAUUCCCCAUAGAUGAGUAGCAUUUCUACUUUCUCUUCGUUGGUGUACAUUCUGCUCACACAACUCUUCAACUGACGGAGAUUGAUGGAAUGACGGGUGUACAGUCUACUUAUGUUUGCAUUUGCCCUUGGUCAACGUCAGCAUGUGGAUGUGUUCCAUUACCCCGAGUACAUGCACUAAGCGCUGGGAGCAUCAACGCCAAUGUUGUGUUAUGUAAUUAAUAAUGUUGUGUUUCAGUGAGUGGUACACUGUGAUACAUUUUUGAAUAGGUCUUUAGGAGUGGAAAUGAAUUACCGAAUUAAAAAGACAGGGUGCGAUUUGAAUAAGUCAUACCACUGUUUGUACCUUUGUAAAAAGCAAAGCAACAAGGAACUCAAUCAUGCUGAUUGAUGUCCCCCUGACGGCUAAAGAACAUUUGCUUGAAACAUUUUGUAAUUUGCGUCUGGACAAGCAGUUGUUUAGGGUGGUCAAGAUAAAUGGGCCAACCUGUAUAUAGACUAUUAUUACAAUGGGGUUUCCACACCCAGAGGCAUUUUAAAGGUAUUGCCAGUUGCCCCUCCCAUGGGGAGGAGUCCAUGUUUGUGCAUCAUGUAUCUGAAGUGGGACAUGGUAACUAGCCCCGUCUUUAACUCAACAUGAUGAUAACUGCCUAAAAACCACAUCCAGGCUCGCCAGCAAACCAAGCCCCAUUGUUAACCUCUGAGGCAGGUUCAGUACUGGGUAGGCACGCCUCCCCGUGUUCCAAAAGCAGGCGCUUUAAUAUGUUUGGCUAUCUGGGGGUCUCUUCUCUGUCCAUAGCAAUUAAUAAAAAUAAUACUGCUGUGAAAAUCAUAGUCAAAUAGGAUGCUACAAGUGUGCAAAUAAAAUAGGAGGCUCAGAGUCUGAUAUCCUGUGAAAAAUCCUACAUAUUGUUGUGGUUUGCAGUUCAAAGUCACAAGAUGGUAAUUCUGGAAAAUCUGAAAUUGACAGGGAAUUACAUUUUACAUGGAAAAACCAGGGAAUUUCAUAAAUUUUCAGGGAAUUCUCUGUUUUUAACUUACACUGUAACUCAUUUUUAUUGAACUUUAUAAGCCAAAAGUUUUAAAAUACCAAAUAUUUCAAAGUGUACUACUUAUUUGAAUAUUAUUCCAUAUAAAUUAUUGAAGUUUAAGUUGGGUGCAUGGGUUGGUGAUAAACACAGUUGAUCCACUGUGUGGAUCAAUGAAAUCGCUUUGGAAUCAACUUUGGCCCCAGUCAUGGUACAAUUCCAUUUCUUGUCAGAGUUUUGACUAAACAUUAAAGAGUGUUGGGGUAAGUUUUGGUAUUGUGACCACACAUUGUUGCCAAUGUUGUUUUGGUUCUCAGCUUCUCAUUUUGAAACCCGAGGUUGGCUGUGUGUCAUUUGUACUUCCAGGUUGAAUUCCUUAAAUCACAAUGUCUCAGGUACAGUGAAGUAACAUGGAAGUUCUUGAGUUUUUGGAAUCAUGCCUGCAUGAAAUACAUUUAUGGAUUUAUUUGCCUACAAUUUUGUACUGUAUUUAAAACUUACUGAUUUUGAAAUAUAUGUAAAGUGUUAUCACCUGCCAA